UCCCCUGGGCUCCCAGCGCCCUCUGGCGCCCCCUGGAGCUGCGGCGGGGGGCGCGCGGGGGGCUCCGACGGUCGGCGGACUCCAGCCUCCGCGCAGGCCCCUUUAGUCUCGUGCGGGGCCUGGAAAAGCGAAGCCGCUCUGGGGAAGCCAGUUCACCGACUCCCCGGCCCCGAGCUUUCAGAUUGAAAGGAGGAAUUUCCCAAAUCCUCCGGAAGCCAGAACCCACGCUGUACCUCAUAGCGGAUGUCCCCAGCCACCGAAGAAGCUGGACUCUGCAAAUCUGAUUGCGUACAGGCUCCUCAGACAGAGCGGGACAAAGAAGACACUGUCUUUGGGAAAAAGUUCUUUACUUGUUAACAGCUCAUUCUUUUCUUGCCAGCCAUUAAUUGUAUCAUCUGAUGAUUUUUUGCAGAUCAGAUUCUGAAACACAUGAUGUCCAAUUUUGAAGAUGCUGACACAGAAGAGACAGUAACUUGUCUCCAGAUAACUGUUUACCAUCCUGGCCAGCUGCAAAAUGGAAUUUUCCAAUCAAUAAGGUUUUAUAACCGAGAAAAACUUCCCUCCAGUGAAGUAGUGAAAUUUGGCCGAAAUUCCAACAUCUGUCGUUAUACCUUUCAGGACAAACAGGUUUCACGAGUUCAGUUUUCUCUGCAGCUGUUUAAAAAGUUUGAUAGUUCAGUUCUCUCUUUUGAAAUUAAAAAUAUGAGUAAGAAGACCAACCUGCUUGUGGACAACAAGGAGCUGUGUUACCUAAACAAAAUAGACCUGCCUUACAAGUGCAUGGUCAGAUUUGGUGAGUAUCAGUUCCUGAUAGAGAAGGAAGAUGGAGAGUCAUUAGAAUUUUUUGAAACUCAAUUUAUUUUGUCUCCAAGAUCACUCUUACAAGAAAACAACUGGCCAAUACAGAAGCCCAUUCCUGAGUAUGGCAGUUACUCAUCCUGCUUCACCCAAAACACUUCUCCUACAGAAAUGGAUGAAAAUGAAUUGUGAACACAGCUAAGAGGAGAAUCAUGAAGGAUGAAGAAAUCUGUAAAUGUCUUAUAGAGACUUCAUAGUUUAUUAGUAUAUUACUGUCAUCUGUUGUCAAAUUUGGGAUCUCUUAUCAUUUUGAAGUCUUUAAAUUGUAUUAGUCAUUGAUUUAGUCAUCUGUUGCAUUCCUAGAUGUAUGAAGAAUGUUUAAGUGUAUUUGAGUAUAUAUCUGUGAGGGCUAAUGUACAAAAAGUAUCUUUGGUAAUGAAGGAAUAGUGUUCUCAAGGUUAUAUUAUUUUCUUUUUAUGCUUGCUUUUAGUUCUAUGUUUUAUUUUGUAAGGAACCAUCUCUUGGUUUGGUCAUACUAUUUCACAAGCAGCCAUUUGUUUUCAAGGUCAAGGCUAUGGGCAGGUUGUUACUGGCAGUGUAGCCUGUUGGUACCUGCAGUACUGGAGUACUACUGUAAUGUGUUUUGGAGCAAUGUCUAUGAAUCAUUGUGGUUUUAAUAUGGAAGCUUUAUUUGAACAAUAAUACCUUUGCUAUGAUUUCCUUUCUGUAGAAUAAUAGUGUUUAUUUCCAAAAAUACAGUUCUCAUGUAUAUUCAGCAUCUAAAACCAAUAUUUUGGACAUUUUAAUGAACCAUUGCUAUGUUUAGAAUUCUUUUUCAGUUUUCUCACCAAAUAUUAAAUUGAUUUUUAUGUACCACACAUUUUUUAAAUUCCAUGAAUUUGAAAUUUUAACAGCACCCUUACAUAUAAUAAAGUCAAAGUUUAAUUCUGUAA